GGCACGGGGUCCGCAGAGCCGCAGUCGCCCGCUCUGGGCCGCUGAGUCACGGCCGGGCCCACGAGGACGCGCGUCCGUUGCCCCGAGGCGGCCGCCUUCCGGGCCCGGGGGCCUGGGCUGCUGACUUUUCGGGCCAGGCACGCAGCCUUUCUCUGUUGCCGUAGCGACGGGUGGCCUAAAGAAGCCCCCCGCCCCCUUUCGCAUUUUACCCCGCUUCUUUUCCAGUUCAUUCUUUGCUUAUUGUGCGGGCACUCCGCUGACCCCGUAGGUCGGGCUUGGAGGACGCGGGGUCUGUGGCCACAGACUGUCCUCGGGGCGCCGGGCUGCUGCGGCUGCCGCGGUCUCCAUGGUAACGGCCCCGUUAGCGUCGCCGCCUAGCCGAGAAGAUGCAGCCUGCCGGGCCUGCCGCCUCGCCCGCAGCCUCACUGCCGGGCAGGCUCCACUGAAGGGGAAGGUCCCGGCCGCCGAACUGCCGGGCAGCGGGCACCAGUGAAAUCCCAUCCUCUGGCUGGACACACACAUGGCCUCAAAUGAGAGAGAUGCUAUAUCGUGGUACCAAAAGAAGAUUGGAGCAUAUGAUCAGCAGAUAUGGGAAAAGUCCAUCGAGCAGACUCAGAUUAAGGGCUUCAAAAACAAACCAAAAAAGAUGGGUCACAUAAAGCCAGACCUGAUUGACGUUGACUUGAUCAGAGGCUCGACAUUUGCCAAAGCCAAACCGGAAAUUCCCUGGACAUCUCUGACCCGGAAGGGGCUUGUUCGAGUUGUGUUUUUCCCAUUGUUCAGCAGUUGGUGGAUUCAGGUGACCUCUGUAAGAAUCUUUGUUUGGCUGCUACUGCUUUACCUCAUGCAAGUCACGGCGCUCGUGCUGUACUCGAUGAUGCCCAUCGUGAGCGUGAGCGAGGUGCUGGGGCCCUUGUGCCUUAUGCUGCUCAUGGGGACCGUCCACUGUCAGAUCGUGUCCACCCAGGUGGCCCGGCCGUCAGGGAGCAACGGAAGCCGGCGGCGGAGAAAACUACGAAAAACUGUGAAUGGUGAUGGGAGCCGAGAAAAUGGAAAUAACUCCUCUGAUAAAGCCAGAGGGGUAGAAGCUGUGGAAUCCGUACCCUUCAUUAGCGGCGUCUGGGACACUCUCUUUGGCAACAGGGGUAAAAGAGUAAAAAUAUGCAGCAAAGGGACCGAAACCAACAGGGACACAAGUGCCCUGCGCCCCAUCAUGAAGAGGAGGCAGUGUCGACCGGAGAUCAAAACGUGGCCAGCGGCAGAGAAGGGGAAGCUUUCCGAUGGGGAAAAGGGCCGCAGGGAGGCUUUCAGGCGGGUGGGCAAUGGGAUGUCAGACGACCUGUCGAGCGAGGACGACGGCGAGGCCCGGACACAGACGAUGAUCCUGCGCCGGAGCGUGGAGGGGGCCUCCAGCGACAACGGCUGCGAGGUCAGGAGCAGGAAGCCCCUGCUUCCCCGGCAGGUCAACUCUCAGGUAAUGAAGAGCGCUCCCAAGUGGUGUCCCGUUGUGCGGGAUUCGGACAGUCUGGCCGAAUCGGAGUUUGAAUCGGCAGCCUUCGGUCAGGGCUCUCGAUGUGGCGUGAGCGGCGGUGGCCCGCGGAGCCUGCACGUGUCCAGGAGAGACUCGGAAAGCACCCGCCACGACUCGGAGACCGAGGACAUGCUGUGGGACGACCUGCUGCACGGCCCAGAGUGCAGGUCCUCUGUCACCAGCGACAGCGAGGGGGCCCACGUGAGCACGCUUCACUCAGGGACCAAACGCGACCCCAAAGAGGAUGUUUUUCAGCAGAACCACAUAUUCUGGCUUCAGAACUCAAGCCCCGCCUCUGACCGCGUCAGUGCGAUAAUCUGGGAGGGAAACGAGUGCAAAAAGGCGGACAUGUCGGUGCUGGAGAUCAGCGGCGUCAUCAUGAGCAGGGUUAAUGCGUAUCAGCAAGGAGUCGGUUAUCAGAUGCUGGGAAAUGUCGUCACCGUUGGGUUAGCAUUUUUUCCGUUUUUACAUCGACUUUUCCGUGAGAAGAGCUUUGACCAGCUGAAGUCCAUCUCAACCGAGGAGAUCUUGACUCUCUUUUGCGGGGCGCCACCGGUUACGCCUGUUAUUAUUUUGUCUAUAAUUAAUUUUUUUGAACGAUUGUGUCUCACGUGGAUGUUUUUUUUCAUGAUGUGUGUGGCAGAGAGAACAUAUAAACAGAGAUUUUUAUUUGCAAAACUCUUCAGCCAUAUUACUUCUGCCAGGAAAGCUAGAAAAUAUGAAAUACCUCAUUUCAGACUUAAAAAGGUAGAGAACAUUAAGAUAUGGUUAUCACUGCGUUCCUUUCUAAAGAGGCGGGGCCCGCAGCGCUCCGUGGACGUGGUGGUGUCUUCGGUUUUCCUGCUGACACUCUCCAUCGCCUUCAUCUGCUGUGCCCAGGUUCUCCAAGGACAUAAAACUUUCCUGAACGAUGCUUAUAAUUGGGAGUUUUUGAUCUGGGAAACAGCUUUACUACUUUUUCUCCUGCGCCUGGCCUCGUUGGGGUCUGAAACCAAUAAGAAAUACAGCAACGUUUCAAUAUUACUUACCGAACAGAUUAACUUAUAUCUUAAGAUGGAAAAAAAGCCAAAUAAGAAAGAACAGCUCACUCUGGUAAACAAUGUGUUAAAACUGUCCACCAAACUGUUGAAAGAGCUGGACACACCGUUUCGACUCUAUGGGCUGACAAUGAACCCCUUAAUCUACAACAUCACCCGAGUAGUUAUCCUUUCUGCUGUCUCAGGCGUCAUAAGUGACCUUCUAGGGUUUAAUAUACGACUGUGGAAAAUCAAGUCCUGAGCGGAGCCACGCAUCUGGACCCACCCCCUUGGCUGUGUCAGUGCUCAGCCAGGAGGAGCCAGCUGACCGAGGACCCUGAGACCCGUGAGACCAGUGAGACCCCCGAGACCGGCUCCGUGUGCCCUUGUGGGGCCCGCCCCCUGCCUGAGCCCGCAGACAGACGGACGGGGUUCUCCGAGGGACCCAGCCGGUUGGGGGCGUGCGGGCUGUUCCCCCGGUUUUCCAACAGUGGGUGUGGGCAGGAGACGGGAGCUGUGGCCCGGUGACACGGGAACAACGUUCUAAGUUAGGGAUUCGUUCUGGACAUUUCGGUGCUGUGACAGUCACACUUACGGAAACAGUGUUUUGGGUACGAUGGUAGAAGCCCAGAGUGUGACGCGAAUCUGCUUUAAAAUUCACUCUUCUGUGACGGGGAGUGGGUGGCCGUGGCGUUUCUCUAGCAGAGAGCUCAAACUUAAGCUAUUUUAAGUUGAACUCAAAUAAAAGAACUUUAUUGGAGAA